AUGAGAAAAGGUGAGGAUGUGGUGAUCAUUUUAGUCUAUGUGGAUGAUCUGCUUAUCACAGGAAGUAGUAAAGAGCUUGUGAGUAUUUCUAAGAGUAUACUGCAUGAUACGUUCAAAGUCAAGAACCUAGGGGAGCUUAAGUACUUCCUAGGCAUAGAAGUCCUAAGGUCACAACAGGGCAUUUUGUUGAAUCAAAGAAAGUAUGUGCUUGAAUUGAUUUCAGAAAUGGGACUCAGUGGAGCAAAGCCUUAUGCAACACUGUUGGAAACAAACCAAAAAUUGACUACAAUGGAAUAUGAUAAGGCAGUAGGUACAACAGAUGAUCUGCCAUUGCAGGAUAUUUGUGUUUAUCAAAGGUUGCUAGGUAAAUUGCUAUAUGUGACCAUCACCAGACCUGAUAUUAGCUAUACAGUGUAG